AUGCAAGAUUCUAGAAAGCGAGGAAGAAAGCCACGAGAAGGUGAGAAAAUGGACAGAGUAGAUGUUGUGUGUUUUAAAUGCCCAUAUAGCGCAUGUGGACUGCAAUACCAGUCAAGUCUGGGGUACAAAAGGCACUUGAUGUACUACAAGCACUCAAUCUUUACGCCGUCCAAUAAAAAAAUAGUUUGCGGGUACAUGGACUGCACUGCAACAGAAAAUCUUCGAGAACACAUCACGAGGGAGCACAUGGCAGAUGCAGCAGAACUUUUGGAGGCGUACGAAAUAAUGAUAAAGGUAGGUGAAGAGACAGAAGAAGUAAGCACAGCAGGACUAAUAGGCGACAUAGUGCAUGACGAAGGACUGCUAGAUAUAUCAAAGGUUAUGACUGAGGAUGGAAUUGUAAAGGAGAUUUUACUAUCGAUAUUUCCAAAGGGAGUGACGCACAUUAUAGACAUGGACACAUUCUCUGAGAGUAACCAGAUAUUCUACUGCAGGAUACCCGGGUGCGGCAGGCAGUUCAAGAGCCUAAUGGCAUAUAAAUACCACUGCGGCAAGUUUACGCAUCUUUUCAAGUCUAUAAUAGACGACUACACAGAAAAAAAUGGGCCUCUGGACUAUGAGGAAAUAAAGGGCAUAUUCAAGAAGAAGUUCAACCUGGAGAACAGAUUCCUGCUUGAAGGAAUAUCGCACCAUCUUAUGCGAAUGCCAGACCAGCACUACAACUUUAUCUUUACGUUCGACGACACACAGCUUGGACAUGAAAAGAGAAGAAUUAAGAAGAAAGGAGUUGACAUGAUUUCAGAGUACAGCAUUGGCUCAGAAGACAGGCAUGAUUACGACGAGGAUGAUGUAAAGAGAGUUAGAGAGGAGGAGCCAGAUGACAAGUCGCACUUUAAGAUUGACUCGAUUGUGUUUAAUGGCCGGCAACUGCCACACGUGCAGAGCUGCGAGCAGGGAAGAGUGGCCUUUCUGAAUUUGUACUUGGAGGCGAUGCUUUUGGCCGUGGUAGAGGACCAUGUGAUUGUAGGCACAAAGGGAGAAGUGGAUGAGGAUGAUGAGCACCAAGAAAUAGGAAAACCCCAUAAUAUAUUCACGUUCUCCAGUGGAAGUGCAGUUUUCUUCGUUCUGGCAAAGAACAAGAUACUGAGUGAAACAACCUUUGAAGGAUACGGAUUCCCAAGGAAGCUCAUGCCGCACAAGCAAAAGACCAUGCUUGUGCUCUUCAAUGACGGUGCACUCAGAGAACUGUCAAUAAAUGCAGACCUAAAGCUGGAGAUAGUGCAGGUUAUUAAGACAAAAGCACAAGUGGUUAGUUUCACGAUAUUCCAGGGCGACAUAAUUGUCUGCAGCCACAGGAUGCUAAUUAACCUAUCCAGCAAAAAGGAAAGAGCAUUUGAGUCCCCAAUUAUUUCGCUGGAGACAACAAAUGACUCUAUUAUUGUAGUAGACUCAAAUGGAAGAACCUGCUGCAUAAACUCUUUGUUUGAGGAUGUGGCUGCAAUUCCAUCAAAGGUAGGCACAAAUGUCGUUACGUGGCUGGAUGAAGAGCCAGGUCUUUUCUUCAUUAGCAACUCGCUGUACGGCAUGGGAAGAGUAUAUUCUGCAGCUACAAACAGCACACUAUUAAUCUCUCCACAUGCCUGCACGCAUGUAAUCCUUAUAAAGCCAGGGUUCAUAGCAUCGUCAGGACUAGAUGGCUCUUUCUGUGUUUCUUCUUACAGAACAGACCCGAAGGUGUACAUGAAAGUCCUCAGAACUGAGAUACGGGGUGACGAGUUGUUUAUUGCAACAUCUGAGGAAGAGCAUGCUUUGACAGAAAAUGUGCAGCCUAUUUGCUCCCAUGAUUACAGAGUGACAAUCCAGGGAAUUGUAAAACACAACAGAAAUCUAGUUGCUGUUCUGGCAUGCGGGAUAGUGAUCAUAAUAGAUAACUUUUUCAUAUAA